AUGGAUCAAGGCGACGGCCGCUCGCCCCCUGCGAAAUCGCCGACGAUGGGAAACGGCGACGACCACGAAGAGGAAGAUCACGACGAAUUAGAAGAGCCAGACGACGGCGGCCACGAAGAAGACGAAGAAGGCGACGAAUUAGAAGAGCAGGACAACGACGGCGGCGAGGAUGAAGAGACUGAAGCCAUGGCAUAUGAUCUCUUCGAACUCUGGAGGCGCUGUCCCAGUCACGAUCCGAAGAGAGACGGCGACAACACGCCUCUCCUCGUCGCCGGCCGUCAUCGCGUGCUGGCGGGUCUCCGGACAAUGGUGAUGGAUCGGAUCCGCAUGAAGAUCCCGAUCCAACUCCUCCACAGGAUCCCGAUCCACGAAAUCUUCCCCCAGCUCGUGCCCAACGCACAUGCGUUGGUGCCGACCGACUGCCAACCUUGGCAGGUGGAUCACUUAAAUGAUGUGGCCAUGGCGACUAUGCUGAUCGACGUGUUGUUCUCGAUUUUGCCCACUGCUCCUGGUUGGCUGCUUCCAUUCGCGGCUCCCGGCAGUCGCCGAUCGAGAGUGAGUCAUCGCGAUUAUUGCUCCGGGCUCAUCACGGAGGCCAAUUUUCGGGCACUUCUGAGGGCCCAUCCAUGGAGUGUGUUUGAGAAUUCAGAAGAUCCUCGUUCUUUCGAGAUGAAUGUGGGCGGCCGACUCAAAAUCCUGAUUCGCGAAUACAGUGGCUUCGACGACACCCACUUGAUGGCCUUUUGGGAGUCGACACACCACUUUCCGAUGCCGGACGCGAUGGCCAGGAAGCAUCCGUGGCUGUUGGUAUUUCAGAAGGAACGCAGUAAUUGUCGCUCAUAUGCUGGUCAAGCUUGGAAACAGUUUCUCGAGCUACUGAUCACCGUCCUGCGGGAAGGGUGGUGCGACUUGGAGAUCCUGCUGGAUCCCCAUUUCCUGCACUUACCCAAGCGCGUGGAGUCCGUCACGUGGUACCCCGGGAUGGCCUCUCACCAGGCCAACUUGGCAGAUCCCAACCUGAAUCGUCGAGAGCCGGCGGAUCUCCUCGAGGCACUGGUUGAGUGCAACCGCCAAGAUCCAUGGCGCAAUCACUAUCGCGACACUCCCCAGUAUCAUCCGUCGCGCAACAUCGCGCGCCUCCCUACCAAGUUCUUCAAUAUUCGUGCUGUCGGCGAUCAGUAA